GGUUACCAUGGAGACAGAAGCGAGUGACGUCAGUCGCAGCGCUCGCUUGGGCAGGACUUGGGUCACAGAAAAUCGGGACACUCAGUUCAAGUUGUUAUUAUAGAUACUGGUAGCACCAGUCUCUCCUGCAGUGCUGCACAGAGACAUGAUAAGACGUUCUAUAUUCUUGCCUCCGAUAUUAUAGAACCCCCCCCCAGCUUCAAGUUGUCACCUGUCCGGAUCAGUCUCUAUAACUAUAAUUAGAUUAUGUAGCACAAGUCUUUCCAUUUCAACUAUUUGAAUUCAGCUACCUGGAAUGUAACGGGGUAACACUCUGCAGGGAAAAGGAGCUGAAUAUUCUGCUCAUUUAAGCAGGUGUACGUUCAAUCAAUAUCCGGGAAUAAUACAGAAAUAUAACAGCGGAUAUAACUGGGCCAAAACAUGAAACAGAUCGGUACAAUCAUAAAGUGUGAGCUUCUGUUCGUGGACCAUGGAGUAUAAGGAGAUUGCUGGAAGAGAAGAUGGACUCUGCGGAGGACGAUAUAGACGCCUGGCCGCUCCUCUCCUGGCUCGCCUCCUGUGUCAUGGUGUUUGGCGGGAUUGUGCCCUACAUCCCCCAGUAUCAGGACAUAAAGCGGACGUCUAAUCCUGACGGAUUCUCCACCUGGGUGUGCUUUGUUCUGCUGGUGGCUAAUAUUCUCAGAAUAUUCUUUUGGUUUGGGAAGUUUUUUGAGUACCCACUGCUGCUACAAAGCAUCCUGAUGAUUAUCGCCAUGUUGGCUCUGCUACAUCUCUGCUGCUCAGUACAGGCGGCGAACCGCGUCUCUACAAAGCAGCACCACUUUACAGAUUUUGAUCUCUCUCACUUCUGGCAGUGGAGUGGGUUUGAGGAUUACCUCCAGUUCUGCCUGUUGCUGAGCGUCUGCUGUGCUUUCCUCACAUAUGUCCUCCUAGAUGUCCCUAUCUUUGUGGAAGUGAUUGGGUUAUUGGCUCUCCUGACUGAGGCAAUGCUGGGACUUCCACAGCUGCUGCAGAACCUCAAGAACAGAUCUACGCGGGGAAUGAGUGUGAAGAUGGUCUUGCUGUGGACUGUGGGGGACAGCUUCAAGACCACUUAUUUUAUCAUUAAGGAAACCCCGGCUCAGUUUUGGCUUUGUGGAGCCUUACAGAUCUGCCUGGACGCUGCUAUCCUCCUUCAGGUCUAUCACUACAGCCAGAGGCCUCAUGCCAAGUUUGGUUGACCGACGCCAGUCACGGGGGUACUCUACGGUGUCCUGACAUAAAGCAUUGCAGUGAAGGAUGCAUGCACGACGAUGGUGGAGAAGACCUAAGACGCAGCUUUCUGGAGCCGCACACAUCCCAGCGCUGUGGAUUGAUCUGUGAUCUGAUUAGAAAUGUCAGUAUUUUAUGGCGAUCGUAUAAUACACGAUGGAGAGAAACAUGAAAUGAUAGAUGUUGAUUUUUAAUGUAAAAACUGUCACCAGUCAUCAAAAACUGUCAUCAAUUAAAAUAAAUUUUAUCCGAAGAUACAUUUUUAUAUGCAGUGCAAACGUAUCUGUUAUUCACCUGUACAAUUUAUCUCACCCAGAUAACCAGUUACUAAUACGUACAUGUGCUAUCCCCCAGCACUUUGUUUAGUGUCAUUGCUCAUACAGGAGUCGCUUAUUCGGUUUUAGAGAGUCUUAGAGAUGAACACAGAAGCGCCAGCAGCAGUGUGAACCAGUCUGCAACUUUAUGCAAAUGCCGCUGCAACGUCAUCCCUUGUGUACAUCCAUGCGGCCGAAUGUGCAAGGAUUGCGACAUCCACUGUCAGCGUCACUACAUACAGUUAUAUGAUUACUGUGUCAUUAUACACCAACAUCGAUUGCACCAUCGAAUAUUGCGCUAGCUCUAUGGUAAGUGCAGUUUCCCUGUCUGACCACAGCCUCCUAUACCUGCGCCUUUGUGUCUGUGAAUGCAACCAACUGCACUGACACGCCCCCUGACACUCCCAUAACACGCCCACUGACCUGACCAUUUUCAUACCUCCCAACUGUCCCGAUUUCAGCAGGACAGUCCUGCUAUUCAGACAAUGGGGGUAAUUCAGAGUUGACCGCAGCAGCAAAUUUGUUAGCAGUUGGGCAAA